GAUUGUAAUGGAUUAAUAUGUUUGAAUAAAGGUACGAUUGAUUUGAAGACAUGUACAUGUUCAUGUGAUGGUCUAUACAAAGGAACCACCUGUGACCAACUGAACUGCCCAGCUGAGGAUGGCCAAUUUUGUAGAACUCAAUGGCCUCCAGAAUAUUGUUCGAAAUUCAGCAAUGUUCCAACAGAUUGUCCCUACAUGUGUGGACUCUGUAAAACCGGUAAG